CUUUGGCAUGUACAUGUAUGAUUCCACUCAAAUACUUGCAAGUGAAACCAAAUGUUGGAAGUGUAUUUCUGUCUGUUCAACAUGCAUACCAUACAUGUAAAAUAAUCCUACAUAUUCAGGGUACAGUGAAGGAAGAGUGUAUGGCACGCGGGUGUUCAUGUUACAAAGAUCCAAUUCCUGGUUUAAGUUAAUCCUAAAAUUUCAGUUUCACAAUUACCUGUAGUACAAAAAAGGCUCUGGUUUGCUUCAUAGAUCUCACUUCUAUGACUGCAGUCGAAUGAAGAUGUCAUGGCCAUAAUAAGUACUUGUUGAGAUUGUACAUGUACGUGUGUGUUUGAAUUUACUGCUGAGGACAUCAUCAAAUUUUUGAAUUCCUGUAAGAGUGUGUCCCCUUGGAGCCAUUUCUUGUGUUCUUACAGUGUCUUGUAUGUUAAACAUCUUUCUGUGCUUUGCAUUUAUGUCUGUUUGCAUGACUAACCAAAACCUUUGUUCGUGCAUGCUUGUAUUUGAAUCUUAGAGCUCACCACCAGUAGGAAGGUUAGUAGUAGUAAGACUAGAAGGAAUCAGCAAGGGCAGGGUACCAGUUCACCAGUGGCUCCCUCAGGUCUGCAGAAGAUCAUCCCAAGAUGGUUUUGGAGAAAUCGGUUCAAAUCAGGGGAUCAGAAGGACUGUAAGACCGAAGUUCAGUCUCGAGAUAUUGUAUCAUUUGGGAGUGUGGAUAUACAUGACAGUAAGUCAGAAGACUUGUCUCCUGAUGUGGGUCAGCCAGAUGCUUCUGAGAAACUCACAAAUGUAUCGUCAGAGGUCCCUGGCUGCGUAGAGGUACUGAUUCACUCAUCGUCUCACCCAGAGGUGGUAGAAGACCCUACUCCAAAAGGUGGAUCCUCAGAGAGAAAUCUAGAAAAGGCAAAGAGGUUUGGAAUGCUGGAAAUUGUUGGAUAUCAGGGUCAUUCUUCCCUACAAGCCACAAUGUCAGAAAGUGCUUGGCUGUCCCAGCAUCUUUGCAAGGUUCUACCAACUGAAGAAGCAUCUACUGAAUCUGACAACAAGGAGGCAGUCUUGCCAUCACUCCACAGGCCAAAUGAGAAAGCUAGCAGAGAAAGAAGAGUACCUAAACAUCUGCCAGACCCUCCCUUCAAGGAAACAUCCUUUCUGGAUACUGUUGCUGAAGACGAGUCGUCACAACUGACACCACACCCAGUUAUCCUCAAACAGGCACAUCAAAAAGGUACCAAGCCUUUACCUUCUGCUCCCAGCCAUGAGAUUGGAAAGUCUGGGAUUGGGGGAGCUGCAAAUCAGUCACCUCAAGUCCAUCGCCAGGAAAGAAAUGAAUCUGCAUCAUCCAUUGAGAAAGUUAGUAAACCCCUACCCAAGGUCCCUGUCAAAGAUACUCCUUUAGUAACUACUCACCUGAGGGCUGAAGAGCGAGUAACAGCAGUGUCCCAGCCUACGACGUGUCUUAUUCCAAAUGUGUCAGCUGAGAAAGUGGAAGUGAUUCCCAGUGCUCCAGAGAGAGAAGGUCAUGCCCCCAAAUCUAGUUAUCAGAAAAGGGAAGGUUCCUGUUCGCAGGUUUCUGUAUCCGCAAAGAGGCAACACCCCCACUCAAAAGUUUUGAAGACCCUCCCAGAAGUUCUCCAUGCUUGUGAGGGCAGUGUGGCUGACCCAGAGUCUGAGCAUGCUGAAAAACCUCCUUGGUCCGAAAAUGAUCAGAAAAUUCUGGGGCAUAGCUGCCUUAUCCCUAAGCUUGAAGAGGGGCUUGAGGCUAAGUCUGCAAACUCAGAUACUCCAGUGAAGCCUCUUCCAGAUAUCCCUCCAUCCAGUGUGAAUUUUGCGGCUGUAGGGCUUAAGAAGGCAAUAAAACCUUCAGUAGUUCCUCGUCAGGCAAGGCGACCUGCUGUUACACUUGUGGAAGGGCACCUCUUCAAACCCCUAUCACGAGUCCUUGAGGAGGGAGCGAGAGAAGAGAGUCCAGCACUUCAAGCUUCUCCAAAACCACUGCCAAGAGUGCCCAAGCAGCAAAACCUUGAGAUGGCAUCACAGAAGAAAAGUCUCGGAUCAACUGAUGCAAGCUCCAAAGCAUCUGACGAGAGUCAGGACAUUGUGAAUGAAGUCCCCUCUGUCAGCUCUGCCUCUGGUUCCUCUGAGCCUCUUGGUCUGGACUUUCCAGAUGAAACCAAAGAGCAGACUGUUAAGGAACAACCCACAACCUCGGCUACCAGCAAGACAGUCAAAGCAGCUACUGUGAAGGACACUGAGAGAUUUCUAAGUGUCUGUGAGGACACUUCGUUUGAGGAUCAACUGAUGACCUCAGAAUCUGACCUCUGGUCAGACACCGAGGGCGCUUCGACCCUCGAGAAAACGGUCAUCCCGCUGCGGCAGAACAAACUGCUUCAGCUAGAAGAUCAGGACAAGGCAGCGAGUAACCGGGGCCAAGUUAGACGGACCAGCUCCACAGACGAGUUACCUGUUGUCUCGGUGUCCUUUACCAACACCCGGGGGUUGUUCCAAAAAGCCCAGCUCAUGAACUCCUGUGAUUCAUUGGAUUCAACUGCAAAGCCUCCAGUUGCACAGAAACCUCUAAUUUCCAAGAAGCCUGCUGUAAACACUGGUCAGGAUGGUACAACCAACAAACCAAAUGUACCUCCCAAAGUAACCCUUGGCAGUCCACCAAGAACGAUACCUAAACCUCUCAAACUUCCACCCAAAGCCUCGGAACAGCCUAACAGGGACAACAUCUAUGAUGAAGUCUAUCACGAGGAGACAAUAGAAUCUGAGCCAUCAAGUUACAGUCACGACAAAGCAUCGUCUAAGAAGCUAGAGAAAAUUUUGGGGCCAGACUUUGCUACAAGUGAUCCAGCCAGGCCCAGCAUCGAAAGAGAUAUAAAACCUGUGAAGGGCAAACAACCGAUGGAUCCCCGAUCUAGGAAGAUCUCUGCACCUGCUCGACCAACAACGGAUGAUGGGCCAUAUGCAGUCAUACCACUCCCAGAUGCAGACAAGACAGCCACGAAGAAGACCAAAAACUCAGCCGAGCAGAAAGCCAGAGAGAUCUCAGAUGGCAAUGGUAACAAGGUGGUGCUACGGAACUCUGGUGGCAUGUCCAGUGGUGAUUCGGGAAUUGUGGGUUUGAACACUGAUAUGUUAGUGAAGCGGGGUAUAAGCCGGAAGGAGAGACGCAUGUCCCGUAGGAUACUCAGGCAAACAAUCAGAUCAAUGGACUCGGAUUUCAUGGAGGAUUCGGACGAUGAGCCAAUCGGUGUGGACUCUGAUUUUGACUCGGAUACUUCUCUGGAAGAACCAGCUGUGUUCAUGGAUGAAAGUCACAAGACAGCCUUUGAGGUUCUCACAACAGAGCGAACCUACGUAGACACUUUGUACCUCAUUAAUGAAAUAUUUUUGAAAGGAAUUGAGAAAGAGAAUCAGAAACAACACUGGUUUCCACCAACCGUUGUCAAUGAAAUCUUCUCUAACAUCUCAUCAAUCUACCGGCUUCAUUCGGCAGUGUUACUACCUGACUUAGAUGAGAGAUUAAAAGAUUGGGAGAGGAAUCCAUGUCUGGGUGAGGUCUUGAAGAAGAAUGCCCCCUUCCUUAAGCUGUACUCUGACUACGUCAGUAACUUUGAUAAUGCCAUGAAGCAGUUGAACCAGUGGAUGUCCAAAGUGCCUAAAUUUGCUGCCACUGUGUCACAAUUACAGAAUCAUGAACUGUGCGGAAAUCUUGCCUUGCAACAUCACAUGUUGACUCCAGUACAACGGAUACCCAGAUAUGAACUUCUCCUAAAAGAUUACAUAAAAAAGUUACCAGACGGUUCCAAGGACAAGGCAGAUGCAGACAAGGCACUGACUAUCAUUUCUGGAGCAGCACAGCAUUCCAACGACAUGAUGAAGUCGAUGGAUCAGUUUGAGAAGCUUUUGAAGAUCAAUCAGAAGAUUGAUGGGGAGAACAUCAUUGACCCAACUAGGCAUCUCCUCAAGGAAGGCAAGAUAACCAAGAUUGCUGCUAAGAAUAAGGAGCCACAGGACCGCUACAUCUUCUUGUUCAAUGACAUCCUCCUGUGCUGUGAGAAGAAACGUCUUCUGACCUCAGCCAACUACAAGGUCAAGUUGAAGAUGGAAGUGGACGGCAUGAAGGUGAGUGUGUUGGACAGUAAUAGUUGUCGAUUCAUCAUCGAGAGUAAGACCAAGAGUAUUGAGUUCCAAACCAACUCAGAGGAAGAGAGAGAAGAUUGGAUGAGGGUGCUGCUGUCCGCUAUUCAAGAGAUGUAUUGGAAAAAGGAAACUUUCAGGACAAAUGAUGCAGUGGGAGACAGGCAAAAUGGAGAUGAGUAUGGUGUCAAGGCCAAAUUUGUACCCGGAGAGUCUUGCCCUAGAUGGAUCAAGGAUGAUGAGACAAGCAUGUGUAUGAGAUGUGGCACAGACUUCAAGUUAACCAAACGGAGACACCAUUGCAGAGCAUGUGGUGCGGUCGUUUGUCACAAAUGUUCCAACUUUGAGGCACCCUUAGAGUACGAUGACAACAAAAUGAACAAAGUUUGCAUCAAGUGUUACUACGUAAUAAAAGGAGAUGAGGAAGAGAUAAAGAAACUUGCUCGAAGGUCGUUGAUCCCAGAAAUAGAUGAAGACAACUCAUUUAGUAGCUUUCUGUAUCUUCAUUACAAGGGGGCUUGGACAAAGUUCUGGGUGGUUGUGACAGAGCAGGAUAUGUUUGUUCUAAAAGCACCAAAGGACGUGCGACCUGUUUUUACCCUGCCCAUUAAGCUCUACAACAUCCGUAACAUCAACGACACUGAUGCUGAAAGAGACCACGUAUUCAAACUCAGUGACAGCAGAACAGUACAUACGCUGUCUGCAGAAUCCAAGGAACUCAAAAGAAGGUGGAUGACUGUUCUCUCUGAAGGCGUCGAGAAAGUGAUAAAGCAAGCAACAAUUUAAAAGCCUGGCUCAUCAGACUCUAGACAUCACCUUGAUCACCCCAGUCGAGGGGACCACACCCUUGUAGGCGUGCCUUAAAGGGGUCGCACCCGAUUCAACCUAUCCUGAAGGAUUCUGCCUUACAUCAAUCCACCCUAAAGUCCAUGCUACUUAGGCAUUUGUAAAACACUGAUUUGGACUGACCUGCUGGAAAAGUGCCAUGCCAAGUGAGACCCUGUGAAAGGGACCACACCCUGAAUAGACACACCCAACAGGACCGUGCCUGAUUGGUUCAUUGAGAAAAGACCACAUCUAGAUUGGUUGCUCACAAAAGAGACUGCGCCUUAUCAGACCUGCCAACAGACCACACCCAGAUGGAGGUACCCAAAGGAGCCACGCCUUGACACACCCAACAGCCAACUGGUUAAAACUGUAAAUCUCUUUAUCUUCAAUUACCAAUAUUAGAAUUAGAUUGUCAGAAAUUUGUGAAUGCUUGUGAUUUAAAAUCACUAAAUAUAAACAGGUAGAACCUCUAUUUAGUGAAGUUCUGUCCAUUGCUUGAUCAGCAUUUCGUUCACAACAACAUCCGAUCUCUUUUUAUUGGAUACUGGCUAUGUUCCAGUGAUCUCAUUUUGUAAAUACAUGUACACUGUAUGUUUUUGAGUGACUUCAUUAACAAUACAAGCCUAGUGUGUGUAUAUUGAUGGAACUAUUUUGUGUACAUACAUUUUUUGUAUCUAUGUAUUUGUGUAUCCAUGAAAAUUAUGAUGUUUUCAUUUACAGAACUAUGCAGACUUUUUUGAGAAUGAUUUAAAUGGAAAAGCUAUUUAUGAACUAUUUUAAAUUGAGUACAGUCUUUUGAAAAGGAAUUUGUUCUGAGGCCAACCUCAUGUAGGGAUAAAGUUUAUGUAAAAAUGUUGAUAAACAAGGGUCUUAAAACACGUUUUUAUUUACAAAUGUAUAUUUACCUUCAAGCUUUUAGAAUUUUUAAAAGAUGGUCACAAAGUAAUGUACAGAGUUGCAACAAAUCAUAUUUAACCUACACAGUGAGACUAUGUCUUGUCGUAUAGAUAUAAUGAAGGGCUUUCUCAAAUGUUAACAUGACCUUUAACGUCACUGACUGUGCAACACCAAGAAGUUACCUGAGACAUUUUAAGUGUCUUGUUUCCCUGUGUUUUUGUUUUAGUUAUAAAUAGCAUUUCAGUAGACUGGCAACUGUGUUGAGAUAUGUGAUUACAGAGAUCAGUUCUAUUUGUCCACUCAACAUAAGCGAUGACCAACUUAAAAUAAUUUUUCAUUCAUGGGCGAGUUCGAUCCCAAGACCACAAGUUAACUAGUUGUAGAUUCAUGACGCACCUAGCGCAUGUGCAGUGAAGUUGAAGUGCAAACAACCCUCGUCAAUCGUCGUCAGGUCAUUAGGCUGAAGGGGAGAAAAGGUGGCUGUAGGAAGGGCAAAAUAGCUAAAUUAAAAGUGGAAAUGGUCAUCAGUUACUAGUGACAUACUGUUUUUCCAGCAUUUUUUUAUAACCGGUUCUCUCUGCACUGAGCUAUCAAAAAUGGUUUAUGGCAAGCAACGAUGCGACCAACCUCGGUAGGCUGGUCGCAAAUAGUUGACCAGACUGGUCCAACCAUCAUCAACUAGCGUGUGUUCAAUCAGAUUUAAUCGAACUCUGGUUAACUAUAGUCCAUGAUCCAACCUGCUCCAUUAUGGCCUCACCGCUUGGAUCAGUUUUACAUGUCGCCACGGUGUUCACAGCAAAUGUUUUUGCUGUCCAACAAAAUGCUUAAAAAGUGAAUGUAGUUGCUGAAAAUCACUUUUGCACCUAAUAUUAGUGUUUCUUACUACAUGAUGGGUUUAUGGUAGAAGGAAAUUACAUUGGUGUGAUGGACAACUGUUUUAGCACCCAAUCUUACAAGGUUCUGCCUCAUAAAAAUAAUGCCACAGGUGACAGUUAACUGAGACCAAGAGAAUUAUUUUGUGUACAAAAUGUUAAGUUUAAAGUAUAAAAUUUUCUUAGUGCUUGCCAUUUGUGAUUUUGAAUUCUUCAGUUUGUACAUCUCAUUGAAAACGUUUUGUUCAGCCAUGCAAGUGAUGAUUACCACCUUCAGCUGUUGAAUCAUGUCCAGAGCCGCUACUGCUGCUACUAUGGAAUGAAUCAUGACUUGCAGGGUUGUAUCAACUGACUAUUCUAAGUUGGAGCAUGGACUGACCAUUAUAUAUUGCCCAAAACAACUUCAAGUUGUUCCCCCAGAUAAGGUAUAUGUGGAAUUUGUGUAGGCCUCAUCCUACCUGGAAUACAUGUUUGUCUGUAUGUUAUCAUUGUUAUGUAAAUUGUUUUGUAUGUAAAGUUUUGUAAUCGGUGUAAAUGCUGUAGGAUCAGUCUUUGUGGCUGUGUACUUAAACUGAAGCUUGGAAAGAUCAGUGUUUUAUAAAAUUUAGCAGUUAAAGAAACCUACACGCUGUUUUUACCCCAGAAAAUCUAUCUACAUUUAUAAGCAGAUCAGACUCUCAGUCUUAUCCAGCAAACAAAAUUAGAAGCUAUUUCAUUCGUAUCCGAGGUGUGGGUAAUGUUUUAGCAAGCACAUGUAGUACAAAAGCAGUGGGUUGAAGGGAGGAUAGAUUUUAUACUUUCAAUAUGUUGAGGAGCGCAGCACCAGCUAGUUCAUGAAUGACAUUGGAUACCUGACCAGCUUGUAAGAAAUGUUUAUCCUGCCUUUGUCACCCCUUGCCAUAUGUUCCUGAAUUUGUUGUUGUGAUGACUUCAUUAUACAAAUAACACAUGUUGAUUAAUGCAUUGGUGAGAAUAAUUCAUGAGAUGAUGUGUUGAAGGGUUCUAUUUAAGGAGGCACAACUGAAUGGAAGAUUCUAUUCCAUAAGGCAAACUUGAAUGGAAGGUUCUAUUCAUGAGGCAAAGCUGAAUUGAAGGUUCCAUUCCAUAUGGCAAACCUGAAUGGAACAUUCAGUCUGUUACCUCAUGAGGUUAUUCUUUCCAUUACAGAAUGUUAAACAUUCUAGUUCAUUUUAUACAGCACCUGAAGAAAUUAUUUGUAAACUUUGUGUAUAAGUCACCAUUUUACUUUGCCAGCCAGCAGUAAAAAUACAACACGUUUCACCUUUAAUCAUUUGAUAAUCUAUUUACCUAUGUGUAGUUUCUUUCUCUUUAGAAACAUAUUCAUGAUGAGUUCAGAAAUGUCCUCAUCUUACAGAAGACAAAAUGUUCCCCAUGUUAUGCAUGUAUCGGUAUAACCCAAAAUUUGACAUGGUUGUGUGGAGAGCCAUCAGUGUUCCUGCCAUGAUCACGCAUGUUGUGUUAUGUUCUUUCUACGACUAGGUAUAGUUCAACCUGUUUGCAGGACAAUGGUAUAGACAGUGGGUAUAACAACAAUCUCACCGUUGAUUGUACAAAAUAAUUCAUGACAUGUGGAUCUGCAACCCACCAAUCAGAACACAGGGAUUUUUUUCCAGGUGUUGCAUUAAACAUAAUUAUCACUUCACCUUUUCAAAUUUCCUUUCAUUUCAUUUUAUGUAUUGAAAUGGGUGAAUUUAAAUUGAGAUAAUCGGUGCAUUGACUUUAUAUUUAUUAUGAUCUCUUUUUUUUGAAAGAAGUCACGUUUAAAAACCACUGUUUGUUUUGUAUUAAGAUGUUUUUAUCUUUACUGUAUAAAGCACUGAGACAAGCUGUGGUUAGCACUACUGACUAAACAGUUGAGUUUAUAUGCCAUGAGAUAAAUACAUAUACAUUUGGUACAAAUGUAUCAUUUUUUAAUGGAAUAUUUUUAAUGGUGUUCGCUAAAGCCUUGUGUUAUGAAUAAAUUACUAUAGCAGAGCUUUCUAUGUGGAAAGAUAUCUAGGUGAAUUAUAGGCACUUUGGAUAAAUUGUCAACUAGCUCAAACUCAGUUUUUAUUAAGUGCCAAUUCCAAGAUGAGUAUUUCAAGAGUUUGAUGUUUUUGAGUGUUUUCAGUGAGUGUUUUGAGUCAGUUCAAACAAUUCUCCAGACACCCCCUUCCCGUUUUGCCACCUCAGCAUCUGAGCUCGCUUGUCAGCAAGAUGCUGGUUGCUGCCUCAUGGAUGCUGACAAGUCACUGGAAGGGAGGGUAGCUUGAAUCACAGUGCACUUGUUCUUAACUCAGAUCCUAGUGGUAUGCGGGCUAGCAGCCUUUCCUGGAUUAGAGCAUUUCCUCUUUUUACUUCCUUUUUACAUUAGACAAUUGAAAAUAAUUGUGGUAAGUCUCCUGCAGCUCAGAAAGUCUUUUUUCCCCCCGACUUCCUUUUUUCAUGUUCAAGAGGGAGACCCAAGUGUAAAUUUUUAUAAUGUUGUCAUGAGGUGACCUUGUACACUUACAUCAAAGCAAGUUUCGAGUUUGCUGUACGAAUUUAAUUGGACCAUUUUCCAUUGUGCCAGCUAAAGCCAUUUACAUACUUGGCCACUCAGUGAUUUAGCUUUGGUGACACCCCAAGUCUCAAGAAUGUACUCAAAUGCAAUCAGUGGAAUGAUAACAAGCAGUAGACAUACCCUGGACAAAACCAAGAACACAAAAGAAAAUAAACUUGGUAUCCACAGCUUGCACUCAUUUCUAUUGGUGCAUUUUUAUUCAAACAAAUGUAUCAACAGACUGUUUUUUUCCCUCAGGAUUCAUGCAUAUUUGGUUACAAAGUUACAAACUUGACAUGGCUUCUGUUGCAUUUAAAGAGAGAAGACUUUCCCAGAAUGUUAAAAAUGUUACCGACUUUGUACAAAUCUGUAAUAUUCUGCUGUACACAUGGUACAUUUAGAAAUAAAACCGCCAUGAUGUAGCUGA